GUCCGGCAGGGGGCGCUGUGUGCAGAGCUGCGUCGUUAUAAAACCAGCCCGGAAACCAUGGCUCAGAUUAGCAUAUAAAAGCAAAGGUACAUGUGCGGGAAGCUGGCGUUGUGUUGGAUUAAAGCGUGAAGAAGGAUGCAUCUCAUGUCCGGAUCAAUACAGCAGAGCCAGGUUUGCAUGGCGUCCCACUGACACAGGACAGAUUUGCACUUUCCAUCACUCCAAACCAUCAUGUCUCAACGAGGACCUUUAACUGCUGUCAUCACGACAGUGUUAGGGGCGACGUUAGGCGGGCUGCUCAUAUGGCGGGUGUACCGGACCAAAAGGAAGAGGCUGCCUUUCAUCCAGAAGGUGGCUGAUCCCGUGGAGGCUCCGUGUCCUGUGGAAAAGAAGUUCACCGCCGUGGAGUACGAAGAACCAGAAACGCCACUCGUACAAGAGAAAGAGUUUAAGGCUGUGGAGUGUCAGACCUCUCAGCUGCCCCCUGCCGUGCAGAUACCGACCUCAGACCAGCUGCUGGGAGUCAAACCGGUGAUGGUGAGCUCCGUGGAGGAAUGGCAGCAGCUGUGGCCGCUGAUGGAAAAGGAGCUGUCGGUGUUCCCCGUGUUGGGGCUCGACUGUGAAUGGGUGUCUACAAAAGGCCGAACGUCUGCGGUCUCCCUGCUACAGAUGUCCUCGUACUCGGGUCUCUGUGUCCUGGUGAGGCUGUUGGGCUUUCGCAGCGGUCAGCAGACGUUCCCUCUCAGCUUCCUGGAAGUGCUCAGAGACCCGCACAUUUUAAAAGUCGGCGUCGGCUGCUACGAAGACGGAAAGCGUCUGACUCGUGACUACGGUCUGUCGCUGUCGUGUACGGUCGACCUGCGCUACAUCGCCUUGAGACAGAGGCAAACUAAAGUGAGUAACGGCCUGAGCCUGAAGUCUCUGGCAGCAGAUCUGUUGGAUGUGUCUCUGGAUAAAUCUCUGGAGCUGCGCUGCAGUGACUGGGAGGCAGAUCACCUGACCACAGAGCAGAUGACCUACGCUGCCAGAGACGCCCAAGUCUCAGUCGCCCUCUUCCUCCGUCUCCUCGGCCUCCACUCUGAAGCCAGUCCCGCGUUUUCCAGCGGGUGCUCGUACUCCGAGUUGGCGUCCCGCUGCCAGGGCCUGGUGGACGUUCCUUUCAGGGGCCGAGGAGACGGAGAAGACAGGAGCGCGGACGGAGAGAGGAGGCGGAGGACGCGGAAACCGUCCUCUUUUGAAAGCCCAGAGUCUGGAGAUCAGCAAGUCCCAGACCCUCGAAAGAACAACAAGAGGAAACCGCUGGGUGUGGGCUACUCCGCCAGGAAGUCUCCUCUCUAUGAUAACUGCUUCCUGCACGCUCCAGACGGCCAGCCUCUGUGUACCUGCGACAAGAAGAAAGCCAAAUGGUACCUAGAUAAAGGAAUAGGAGUGCUGCAGAGUGAAGAUCCCUUCGUCGUGAGGCUGCUGUUUGAGCCGUCGGGACGUCCUGAUUCUCAGCAGGACUAUUACCUCACCGCUAAAGAGAACCUCUGUGUGGUCUGCGGGAAAGCAGAUUCAUACAUCAGGAAAAACAUUGUGCCGCACGAGUACAGGCGGCACUUCCCCACCGAGAUGAAGGACCACAACUCCCACGACAUCCUGCUGCUCUGCACCAGCUGCCACGCCGCCUCCAACGUGCACGACAGCUUCCUGAAGCAGCAGCUGGCCGAGGAGUUCGCCGCCCCUCAGGGCUGCGAGGAGGGAGUCCGCCUCCUAGAGGACUCGGACCGACGGCGGGUACGCUCGGCGGCCCGCGCGCUCCUCACAGCCGGAGACGGACUCCCCGAGCAGCGACGAGACGAGCUGCAGGAUCUGAUCAAAGGCUUCCUGGAGAUGAACGAGGUGGAGGAGCUGAAGGAGGACAAUCUGCAGCAGGCCGCUGGUUUGGAAACCAGGAUCUUCAACGAGGCGUACGUGCCUCACGGUCUGAAGGUGGUUCAGGCUCACGCAGAGCAGGGCCUGCAGGGCCUGAUGGAUCUGGAGCGUCGCUGGAGGCAGCACUUCCUCACCACCAUGCAGCCUCGACACCUCCCUCCUCUCUGGUCCGUCGACCACAACCACAGCAAGUUCCUCCGCAAGUACGGAGAGGACCUGCCGAUCAAACUCAACUGACGGGUCUGAUGGGGGACCGCACGAGGACCAGAAGCUGCUACAGACCGAGGCAAGAAAACUGAGUUCACUCGCCUGAUGGUCAGACUUUCACAGCCACUCUUUCUAUUUCUCAAGCCAAAUUCUUUCUUUUUUUAAAGUGAGCAGACGAAUGAACUGACACACCAGCCGGGCUGAAACGUGUCCAGCAUGCGAACGCAGCUGAGGAACUCUGGACCACGUUUCUCUCGCUCUCUGGUGACGUUUGAACAAUCUGCGGAAAUCCCGAGCUGCUUUGCAUAGAGUUUGAUUUUAAUAAGAUUUAAAUUAUUUAACACUCUGCUUGUUUUCAGUCUAUUGUCUGUUUUAAGUCAAUAGAUGAAAGGUGAGCUCCUCAGAAGCGUCAUGAAAUCAAACUCCGUCUUCGCCCUGUUUCCUUCUUAAAGAGGAGUUUGGUUUCUCGGCGCCUUCAGGCUCCGUCUCAGAGGUGUGUGUAUAAUUUCACGGCGGGAGACGGAUGUAAAGACAGUAAAGUUGGCUCAUUUAGCUCAUCAUGUAACCCCUCCGAUGUUUGUGUCCUGCUGCUGACUCUCCUGACGGUCGGGACUCGUCUAUGGCUCGUGUUUUAACGUGCCUCUUAAUCCCCGAUCCGGACCGGAGACCCGGAGCAGCCGGACGCGACCUCCUUUUCCCGUUUACAGCCGUUUCACUUCGACGUCUUUGCACAGAACCCAAACAGCACAGUGAAGAAGAGGUGCCAACUUUAAUGUGAUCCAUGAACUUCAGCGUAACACUAACUCCCCUCCGUCCUCCCGCUCUCCUCUUUGCAAGGCAGAUUUAUCUUUUAGAGCGCCAUAGAUUUAUUAACGACAGCUGCUUUGUCUUGAGUCCUGGAUGUAAGCCUGCAAGCUGUUGUGUUUUCCUAAAUUGUGAAUGAUAAAAAAUAAUAAAAGUAAUGUUUGUAUUAAA